AUGGCCGACAAACAAAUCGUACCGAUUGACCAUUCGGGAUGUCUCUCCCUCUACGACGUCAGCAUCCCCACCUUCCUCCGGGGUCAACACACCCUCAAGCACCUCCUCGUCACCGCCACCAAGCACGCCCAAGUCAACGACAUUUCACUGAAUGAGAUACCACACUGGACGUUGCAUCCAGACAUGAAGCCCCUGACCUUCCAGGUCCAAUGUGCCAGUAACACGCCCAAGAAGUUUGUCGACAUCAUUACUGGUCAGACCGGCGUCGCCUUUGCCGAUGACGAGACCACCAUCGAGCAGCUCAUUGAGCGGUGCCAGCACACGAUUGACUUUUUGAACAAGGUGGACAAGAAGACGGUGGAUGAGGCGCACUUGCGUUUCAACACGAUCAACCUGCAGUUGCUGGCUCAGGUGUAUAACAUGACGCCGCAGCAUUAUGUCACCAAGUUCGCGGUGCCGAAUUUCUUCUUCCAUUUGCAGACUGCUUAUGCAAUUUUCCGGAUGAAGGGCGUGUCGAUUGGAAAGGUGGAUUACUUGGAGCGUUUCUUGCAGCGUGAUGGUUGA